AGGAGCUUGCCUCUUUUUUUUAUAAACGUGUAGAAACCCACCGCGGUCUUGCUCUGGUGUAAAGAGAAGAGGUUUACGGUCCGGGGCUCGGAUCAAAGGUCAGCGGGUGUUUACGCGUGCGGGCGGGAGCGCGCGCGCAGAAGGAGUGGGCGGGGCCUACGCGAAGCCGCAGGUGUGUGAACGCUCACCUGAGCGCGUUCGAACGGGUUUGAACGCGUGAACUGACUUCAAACGGAGUUCAAUCAUGAGUUCAUCAGCACCGGGGUCGUCCCGUACGCGUUCAGCUCGCGCUUCGUGACACAACUGCACGUUCACGUCGCAUGCUUUUUUUUUUUUUUUUUGGAUUUUAAGACCGUUUUGAGAUGGAUUGAGAGGAGAAGCGAAGGUGAAAACAUGAGUAGAUGUGUUGAGGGAUAACAGAGAAAUAUACUGACAAAAUAAACCAGCAACAUGGCGACAGUGCCGACCUGCAUCAUCGGUGUGAUGGUCUUCAGAUUGAUGGUGUGUGUCCGCAGUGAGUUCCUGGAGCCGUCUCCGUCCCUGGCCCUGCGCUCGUUCUCCGGCACGCAGACCCGGCUGCCCUGCCGCUUCAGGGUGGAGGCCGAGGAAAAGGUGGUGCAAGUGACCUGGUCCAGACAGAAACCAGGAGGAGAACGAGAACAGAUUAUCGUCGGACACUUUACUGAAGGACCUACAGUGUCUCCUGAUUUUGUGAGCCGUGUUGAGUUCGAGAGCUCCGACCCGACGGCCGACUCCACGCUGCUCCUCCUGGACACCAGGAAGGCCGAUCAGGCCGCGUACACCUGCCACGUCUCCAUCUUUCCCUCCGGAAGCUUCGAGAGACAAAUCCGUCUGACCGUCUGGAUUUUGCCGAUCUCUUCUCUGGAGUCGGUGGUUCUGGAGGAAGGCCAGUCGUUCCGGCCCGCGGCUCUCUGUCGAGCGGUUGGUCAUCCUCCGCCGCGUCUGUCCUGGGACACGGACCUCCCCGGGCAGUCUCAGAACCGGACCGGAGAGGAUGGAGUGGUAAUCUCUCAGUUCUCUCUUCACCCGCUGCGCAGCAUGAACGGACGGAGACUGGACUGUCUGGUCUGGCACCCGGCUCUGGACGCUCCGCACCGAAUCAGCAACCAGCUCGCGGUGCACUUUCCUCCUGAUGCGGUGAUCUCUGAUUCUGGUUCCUGGAGACUCGGACACUCGGGGUCAGAGCUCAGGUGUGUGGUGAAAGGAAGCCCGCUGCCUCAAAACAUCACAUGGAGCAGGAAGGACGGCCCUCUUCCGGCGGGAGUGUUGGUUGAGGUGGACAGACUGGUGUUUGUGAGAGCUCUGAACGUGACGGAUGAAGGCGUGUACAUCUGCCAGGCUUCAAACGGCGUGGGAAUCGCUAAAGCCGAGUUCAAAGUGGAGAUCGGAAACCGCCGGCUCGAGGUGACGGACACUCCCCAGGAUUCAGAGACUCUCCUCAUCUUCAUAGGAGCGUCUGUCGCCGGGGUUCUGGUCGUCGUCAUCGCGAUCGCUAUCGUCUUCGUUAACUGUCACCUUAGACGCAAGAACCGGAAGCUGAAACGAGCGCUCAGCGCCAGAACGGAGGAGAUGAUCAGUCUGUCCAGACAGGUGUCCAUGAGGAGACUCAACUCCAUCAACGGAGACCCCAGGACAGCGGAGGAGAGUUCACUGGUUCAGAUGGACAGUGUGACGAAGGGCAGUGUUUUAUCUGUGGAGGAUCGUUCGACGCUGAGCGACGUGAAAGGCAGACGCGGAGAUGGAGAGUAUGACAGUCUGGGACGUCCCGCCAUCUACAUGCCGUACCGGCCCGAGCGAUCCAGUAAGAAGAUCAGAGACAUCGAGGAGGAGAGGAACGAGCGCAGACGGAGAGUCGAGUCCUACGUCAAAUCCAGCAACAUGUCACUGGAUUCGGGGCUCUCUCCUCCUCCGUCCGUGAGCUCGGGUCCGACCGCAGACGUGACCGGUGACGGAUGGAAGCGCGGCUCCCGUCGAGAGAUCCACCGAGAGAGAGACUUACAGCGAGAGCGACUUCCUGAAGGAGAAGAGGAGAGCUGUGGGGUGAACUAUCACCUGUCCGAGGCCGUCUCCAACUACUUCCAGUGCAGCAACGGCGGCCUGACGCCGAAAGCCAACCCCAACGCCAUCAUCAUCCACUCACGAGGACAGGUCAUGUGAUCAGCACUCUUAAAGGGACAGUUCGCGCAAAAACUCUCGUGUCGUUCCUUGCGUUUCGUAAAGCGUCCACGUUCGAAACGACGCCACUGAAUAAAAAAUUAAAAUUAAAAUAAAUCUGCCUUUUUUAAAGAAUUGCGCGAUAUAAAAUUGCAAUUGCGUAUAAACUCAAAAUUGUGAGUUAUAAAGUCGGAAUUGCAUUGGUAAAAAAAAGUCAGUUGCAUGAUAUAAGCUCGAAAUUGAAAUUCUCGCAAUUCUGACUUUAUAACGCAAUUGCAAGUAUUAAGAGAAAAUAAGUAUCGCGUGAGUUGGUGUCACGCAAUACUGAGGGGAAAAAAUGCUAAAAAUUAUGAGAGAAAGUCACAAUAAUCUUUUUAUUUUAUUUUUUAUUUUUGGCAGAAACAGGUUUCCAUACAGACGUCUUCUGCGUGAAUAAUAGUUAGGGCUAAUUUUAUCAAUUAAAAUUUCGAUUCUGAUUCUGCUUGAUUCCGGUUCUUAUUACUUUCAUUGUGGUUAAAGGAAAACGAAGUCUGACGUAUUUGUUCUGGCUGUUUUUGCAAAACAUUUAAAAACCGGACUCCAUUAAGAGCUGUUUGUGUGCAAAAGUUUUUAAAUGGAGUUUGUUGCUUUCACAGUUUUGAAGAAAAAAACGCUAAAAUUGGAAUUAUCCAGGGAAAACUUGCUUCGUUACUGGAUGAAUCUGUUUGGACGAAUCUCUUGAAUGAAUGAUUCAAAGGCAGAUACAUUUUUAGUAGUCAUUUCCAGCAGAAAAAAAAUGUAAAUAUCACACAGAUGCAAUUGAAAGUUUUUAUUUCACAAGUAUCUGAUUCUGGAAUAAGAAUUGAUUUUUUGAUUACCAACCCUAAUAAUAGAGUUAACUGAUUUAAGCUGCUGUUCACUGAUUAUCUCUUAGCUUAUAAAGUCUCAUAAAACCAUAAAAAUAAAUAAAUAAAAAUAUAUAUAUAUAUAUAUAUAUAUAUUUAUUUUUUUUUUUUUUUUUUUUUUUUUUUUUUUUUUUUUACAAAUAUUUGUAUUCGUAAUAGUUGCAAAGGCAGUGUUUCGUUUAGUUUAAGUACUAAAAUAAAAUGGAAAAAAAAUGCCGAAAUAAAAAAUACGUAAUUUAUUUUAGUUCGGCUGCCAGUGCAACGUUUUUGAGUUUAAAUUAAAAACCUGAAACUUAAAAAAAAAAGCUUUUUGAAUUUAAAAAUGACUAAUGAAAUUACAAACGACUAACAUGAAAACUAAAUAAAACCCAAAUAUCGGUGAUAGUAAGAUAUCGUGGUUCGUGUUGGUUCACAGAGCAUUGAUGCUAGAACGUUUGAUUUUAAAGAAGCAUUAAUUAAUGUUGAAAUCAACACAAGAUCAUUAAAUAUCGUUGAUUGUUAGGUACUAAUGUUAACAAAAGAGAAAGUGUGCAUGAGUUUCAUUACAUAGACAAAAUUAUAUGAAGAUUUUCUCCUGUUUUAGUUUUUAGUGGCUGAAUGAAACUUGGGUUUGGAACGACACGAUUGUUUUUGUUAGUCUGAACUGUUCCUUAAAGCAGACACCCGGCUCAAGCUCUCAUCUCUAAGUGCAUGCGGUGAUGUCUGGAUCUCUAGAGGAGACGUACAGUAAGACGAACUCCAUCCAGCACAGACGUUUAUAAAGGUUUUCUACUGAACCAGGUCUACCUCUGCAACCAGCUCAACAAAAACUUAGGACACUUUCUUGUAUUAUACUGUAUAAUCACCGUGACCGAUUUAUAUUUACUUCACGAAGACUCCGACGCUGUAUUCUCUUUUACAGUAUUGCACUAUUUGUAAAUGUUCGUGUCAAUGUGCUGUCGGUGACUAGCAGGUGUUUUUUACUGUUGACAUGACGUGUUUAUUCAAAGAAAGAAAGAAAGAUGAUUGAUCUGUGAAGAGAUUUAAUAAGAGUUAAUGUGAAUGAAGAUACAGAAAUAAAGAGUGGAUGAAAGGCACAGCGGUGGUGUUUUCACUAGAGAUGCACCGAUAGGAAAUGACUGCAGAUAUCGAUAGUAAAGAAAUCCCUUUUAACCCUAACUGUAAACUACAGGGAACCCUUUCAGUUGAUUUAGAUUACAGCUAUAUUUUUAUGCAUGAUAAAAACAUUUAGUUGCACGAUCGGGUAGUUCUCAUAACCUGAUUUAUCCAAACAUUGAGUAUAUAAUACGUCACAGUAUUUAAGCUUUCUUGUCAUUUUAUAGCUUACUGACGAACCGUGAACGAUAAAGUAAAUGCAUCGUUAAGUAACAGUUUACAAGCUGUUUUAUUGACAUUUCUGUUGAUUAUUUUAGUUCGGCUGCAAGUGCAACGUUUAUAUUGAGUUUAAAUUAAAAACCUGAAACUAAAAAUGACUAAAAAUGACUAAUGAAAUUACAGGCGGCUAGAACUUUAACAUGAAAACUAAAUAAAACCCAAAUAUCGGUGAUAGUAAGAUAUCGUGGUUCGUGUUGGUUCACAGAGCAUUGAUGCUAGAACGUUUGAUUUUAAAGAAGCACUAAUUAAUGUUGAAAUCAACACAAGAUCAUUAAAUAUCGUUGAUUAUGAGAAUUAUAUUAGUUGUAUCUUUCAGCACCUUUCGAUGGUCUGUUUUGUGCUAUAACUUAUAAUAAAGUACAAGAGACUCUGAGGCACUGCCAGAGCGUCAAAAUUACAAAUAUUGUUUGGAUUUUGCAAUUAAAAUGUACAGGAUUUUAAGUAAAAA